CGCGACAGCAGCGAUACAGCACCAUAUACGCAAUAGGCUACAAGUGAUGAUGUCUGCCCCGUGCAUGUGCUUCUGUCACAAUUUCAUUCCUUGAUACGCAUCAUUCCGAAAAGGACCAAAAUCCCCAUCUUACAGAAGACGACUAAAGCAUUUGGUGAUAAUGAAGAAAUAAACAACCCUUUCUCAACCCUCCAUCACACACCUCCAAGACAGACUCUUUAUCCGGCAGUCCACCUUUAAGCCCUCAGAACUACCAGAACUGAACUGCCCUCUCCCGCUACCAGCCCAAAGACAUUCUGCCCCACGCCCUUGUCUGCUUUAUCAAAUGCCCAAAAACAGCAAGGCCGUCAAGAGAGAGCUUGACGACGAUGUCACAGAGUCUGUCAGAGACCUGCUAUCCAACGAGGACACAUGUGAUGAUUCCUUCAAGAAGAGCUCGCUGAUCGCUGGUGGCGGCGGAGGUGAUGGGGAAGGGGAGGAGCUUAACCUUAACGGAGAUGUGGACGUGGAGGACGGAGGCUCGGACGCAGAGGAUGAUGCAGCGAGACCAGCCUGGAACAGCAAGCUGCAAUACAUCCUAGCCCAGGUGGGCUUCUCUGUAGGCCUGGGCAAUGUCUGGAGAUUCCCCUACCUGUGUCAGAAGAACGGAGGGGGGGCGUACCUGGUUCCCUACCUCAUUCUGCUGAUUGUGAUUGGCAUCCCCCUAUUCUUCCUGGAGCUGUCGGUGGGGCAGCGGAUCCGCAGGGGCAGCAUCGGGGUGUGGAACUACAUCAGCCCUCGCCUGGGGGGCAUCGGUUUCGCCAGCUGUGUGGUGUGUUUCUUUGUGGCCCUCUACUACAAUGUGAUCAUCGGGUGGAGUCUAUUCUAUUUCUCCCAGUCCUUCCAGCAGCCUCUGCCAUGGCACGAGUGUCCCCUGGUCAAGAACAAAAGCACUACGUACGUGGUGCCUGAGUGUGAGAAGAGCUCGGCCACCACCUACUACUGGUACCGUGAGGCUCUGAACAUCUCGGAUUCCAUCUCUGAGAGCGGAGGCCUCAACUGGAGGAUGACCAUCUGUCUGCUGGCCGCCUGGUCCAUGGUCUGCCUCGCCAUGAUCAAGGGCAUCCAGUCCUCUGGGAAGGUGAUGUACUUCAGCUCGUUGUUCCCUUACGUGGUGCUGAUCUGUUUCCUGGUCCGGGCUCUGCUCCUGAAAGGCUCUGUGGACGGGAUCCGACACAUGUUUACCCCUAAGUUGGAGAUCAUGCUGGAGGCCAAGGUGUGGCGUGAGGCGGCCACACAGGUCUUCUUCGCCCUGGGCCUGGGCUUCGGAGGCGUCAUAGCCUUCUCCAGCUACAACAAGCGGGACAACAACUGCCACUUCGACGCGGUGCUGGUCUCCUUCAUCAACUUCUUCACUUCUGUGCUGGCCACCCUGGUGGUGUUCGCCGUGCUCGGCUUCAAGGCCAACAUCAUGAACGUCAAGUGUAUCGCACUGAACACUAAGAAGAUAGUGGGUUUGCUGGGGAACGAGAUCAGCCGUGAUCUGAUCCCCCACCACAUCAACUUAAGUGCUACUUUGAGCACUGAUGACUACCAACAGAUCACUGAGAUCAUCAGAGGGGUGAAGGAGAAGGAUUACCAGGAUCUGGGCCUGGACUCCUGCAGCAUUGAGGAAGAGCUCAACAAGGCAGUGCAGGGUACAGGCCUGGCCUUCAUCGCCUUUACAGAGGCCAUGACCCACUUCCCGGCGUCUCCCUUCUGGUCCGUCAUGUUCUUCCUGAUGCUGGUUAACCUGGGCCUGGGAAGCAUGUUCGGAACCAUCGAGGGCAUCAUCACACCCCUGGUGGACACCUUCAAAGUCCGCAAGGAGUUCCUCACAGUGGGCGUCUGUCUGCUGGCCUUCUUCAUUGGCCUGCUGUUCGUCCAACACUCUGGGAACUACUGGGUGGCCAUGUUUGACGACUACUCCGCCACACUGCCUCUGCUCAUAGUGGUCAUCCUGGAGAACGUGGCUGUUGCUUGGGUCUAUGGGACUGACAAGUUCUUUGAGGAUCUGAAGGACAUGCUGGGCUUCACUCCGUUCCGGUUCUACUACUACAUGUGGAAGUACGUGACCCCCCUGCUGCUCAUCCUGCUGCUGGGCUCCAGUGUGAUCCAGCUGGGAAUGACCCCACCCAGCUACAGCGCCUGGAUCAAGGACCUAGCCAGUGAGAAAUCCCUGAGCUACCCUCCGUGGGGUCUGGCAGUCUGCAUCUCCCUGGUGGUAAUGGCCAUCAUGCCCGUGCCCGUGGUCUUCUUCCUCCGCUAUUUCAACAUCAUCGACGAGAACGCCGGCGUCGUCUCCACCAUCUCAUACAAGAAGGGCUGCAUCAUCCAGGAGAUCGCCAGGCCCGAGGAGGAGGACGACGCCAGCCUCAUCCAUGCCAAGUCGCCCUCGCCUAUGCCCGGCAACAGCAUCUACCGCAAGCAGAACGGAGGGGUUCCCGAUUCCGCCCCCAACGGCCGCUACGGUAUUGGUUACUUGAUGGCCGACAUGCCGGACAUGCCCGAGUCAGACUUAUAGGGUGUUGUUUCUGGUCCUCUGCCCUACUGGCUGGUCAACCAAUUCCUCUUCUGCGUGCGUUAAGUCAUGGGAAUCGUCAUCUGCAUAUUUGUACUCUUACUGUAUAUUCUUUGUAGAUAUCGUAGCUGCUGCCCUUCAUGUUGUCCUUUUAUCCUUUUGCUGUAAAAACGAUUAAAAAGGUGUGUAAAAUGUAAACUGUACAUACUAUCUCUUUUUGCCUUCCCCACCCAGUCCUUCCUUGGUUCAGUCCCAAAUGGACCCCCUCAUCCCCCUGUCCUGAAGCUCUUGUUGACUCCACUUAGUGGACAAGACAGUACAGUAUUGGUGGAAGCAAUAAGGUGGACACUCCACCAAGCCUACUAUAGUUUCUAGGGGGGGUCAACCAGUGGCUUAGGCUAGGGACAAGUGGCUUAGGCUAGGGACAAGUGGCUUAGGCUAGGGACAAGUGGCUUAGGCUAGGGACAAGUGGCUUAGGCUAGGGACAAGUGGCUUAGGCUAGGGACAAGUGAAGAUCAGGUUUGGGGUUCAUUCCAUUUCAAUUCAGUCAAUUCAGGAAGUAAACUUUGAA